AUGGGGCUGUCCAACUUUGCUUCGAAGCUCUUCGCGACCUGCUGCGGUGGACGCUCGAAAGACAGCAUAUAUGAUCCAGUGCUAGCAGACAGCGAGCGGGAAGCUGUCGCCGACCUGCUGGGCUUCUUGGAAAACCGAGCCGAAACCGAUUUUUUCUCCGGAGAACCCCUCCGCGCAUUAAGUACUCUUGUAUACUCAGACAACAUCGAUUUGCAAAGAUCGGCAAGUUUGACCUUUGCCGAAAUAACAGAAAGAGAUGUCAGGGAAGUCGACCGCGAUACCCUCGAGCCCAUCCUAUUCUUGCUCCAGAACCCAGACAUUGAGGUACAGCGUGCCGCAAGCGCUGCGCUGGGCAACCUCGCCGUCAACACGGAGAACAAGGUCGCCAUUGUGGCGCUGGGAGGGCUGGCGCCUUUGAUCAAGCAGAUGAACUCGCCCAACGUAGAGGUGCAGUGCAAUGCUGUCGGAUGCAUUACGAACCUAGCAACGCACGAGGACAACAAAUCUAAGAUAGCACGAUCUGGCGCUCUGCAGCCCUUGACCAGACUUGCAAAAUCCAAGGAUAUGCGGGUGCAACGGAAUGCAACGGGUGCAUUGCUCAACAUGACGCACUCAGACGACAACAGACAGCAGCUUGUCAACGCAGGUGCCAUUCCGGUACUGGUCCAGCUCCUCAACUCCACCGAUGUCGAUGUUCAAUACUACUGUACAACAGCUCUUAGUAACAUUGCCGUCGACGGCAGCAACCGCGCAAAACUCGCCCAGACUGAAGGACGCCUUGUCCAAUCUCUGGUCCAUCUUAUGGAAUCUUCAUCUCCGAAAGUUCAGUGCCAGGCUGCAUUGGCACUGCGAAAUCUUGCAUCAGACGAACGCUACCAGCUCGAUAUUGUGCGCGCUCGGGGCCUGCCGUCUCUUUUACGACUAUUGCAAUCAUCCUAUCUCCCUCUUAUUCUCUCCGCCGUUGCAUGCAUACGAAACAUUUCCAUCCAUCCCGCAAACGAAUCUCCCAUCAUCGAUGCUGGCUUCCUUCGACCGCUUGUUGACCUGCUCGGUUCAACGGACAACGACGAGAUCCAGUGUCACGCCAUCUCCACGCUUCGCAAUCUUGCCGCUAGUUCGGACAAGAACAAGCAACUGGUCCUUGAAGCCGGGGCUGUCCAAAAAUGCAAACAAUUGGUACUGAACGUCCGCCUCUCGGUUCAGUCGGAAAUGACGGCAGCUAUUGCCGUCCUCGCGCUAAGCGAAGAACUGAAGCCUCAUCUAUUGAGUCUUGGUGUUUUUGAUGUACUGAUACCCCUUACGGAAUCCGAUAGUAUCGAGGUCCAGGGAAACAGUGCUGCAGCGUUGGGAAAUCUAUCGUCUAAAGUGGGCGAUUAUACCAUAUUCAUCCAGAACUGGACGCAACCUGAAGGCGGUAUUCACGGGUACCUCCGCCGCUUCCUUGCAAGUGGGGACCCGACGUUCCAGCACAUCGCUAUCUGGACUCUUCUCCAACUACUUGAAUCCGAGGACGACCGGUUACUUGAACUCAUCGCCAAGUCGACCGAGAUUGUCCGCAUGGUUACAGACAUCUCCGAGCGCAACAUCGAGUCAGACGAGGAGGACAACGAAGACGGCGAAGGCGAGGUUGUCAGCCUCGCACGCCGUUGUCUCGAAAUCCUGGGCAAGACACCGAAAACCCUCAUGGAGGGCUAA